AUGCCAGAGACGGAAGGUACAGCAAAACAUGACGCUGCAACCAAAACUGAAGAUGAGGAAAUUUAUGAGAAGGAGAAAGAAGAUAAGCAUUCGGAUGAAGAUGGAAAAGACGAUAAAGAUGAGAAGGAAGGUAAAGAUAAGAAGAAGAAGAAAGACAAGGAUGAAAAAAACGACGAAAAAGAUAACAAGAAGACCAAGAAGAAGGAUAAAAAAGAGAAGAAUUCCAAUGAUAAGAAGGACAUAGCAAAACUCAAGCUUAAAGUGGAGAAAAUUGAUGCUAAAAUGCAGGAUCUGGAAGAAAAGAGGGAGGUAAUUCUCGAGCUGUUUAAUGAAGCUGGCAACAUUGCAGCCAAUGCAAGUGCUGCUCGCCUUCCAUUCGAUCCCUUAUCGAGCCACUUGAUGAAAAAAAAGAAAAAAGCCAAGUGA